AUGCAGCGUCGGAUGGAAGCGCGUUGGAGCCGGUACCCGACGGGUGAAGUGGAGUUUCGAGCGCUGAAGAAGAUGAAGACGCCCCCAACGUGGAGUCGGACGCAGACUCACUCGACGCAAGACGAGCGAUGCCGUGAAGGCAAGGCGACUGACCUCGAGGACUUCCUGUGUUCUUUGUCUCAGAUGUCUGAUCUGGAAAAGAAGCAGAUCAUUAUUACGUGGCUAGCAAUAUUAAUGAAGACUGACACUGCUAUGCGGCGCCGCGGAACUGGUGUGCCGCAAGUCUUCUCGUACUACCUUCCACUAUUAUGA